UAAGUCGCGAACGUUAAUACCAUUAGUUGGGGGUCUGCCAGCAGAAGCGCCGCGUCGCGAGUUCGUUGUCGUUCGUCGUUUUCGGUUGAAACUUUGUGCUUAAUUUUUCCAAGUUUUCGUGCACGUUUCGCGUUGCGUUCUGGUUUUGCGUAGCGAAGAAAAGAAGUUUUUUUCGAAAAGUUUUUCGAGUCGUGUUUCCACUGCAAAGGCACUCGCUUCAAGUGCAAGCCAAAUUACAACAUUUUAAGUAAUUUCGUGAGAAAAAUCGGAAAACAUCACCCAAAGUCACGGAUAUUGUGGGUGGGCCAAAAAUUGAACCGAAACGGCCAAAAAUAAGUUUGUGCAGGAAAAUUCAAUUUGAGACGUGAGACGUGAGCGGGCCAGUUCCCACGAAGUGACGAAAAGAAGUGAAGUAUUUUUUUUGGUGAGAAUUUACCUUCGUUGGUGAUCCUGGGCCCCAAAGCCUAUCAAAAGUGCCUGCCAAAGUGUGAUGAUUUUGCUGGAUUAGUGUUUGGAAAAGUUUGCCGUUGAGCGAAAAGUGGUGGUGAUUUUUGCUAUGUGAAGUUGAGCAAUUGGUUUAUGUUUCAAGUACGCGUGUUGUGUUCAAGGAUUUUGUGAUAAAAAGAACAUCGUGAAGCAUCAUCAGCUCUGAAGUAAAGCCAUCAUAAUUGACAAGAAAUCCAGUUGUCAUCCAUCUGUGCGAGUGUUUUCCCGCCUCAUUUUCCCAACCCCAAAUCCCGGUGAUACAUUUCAUCUGCCCUUCCAAUUACCACUGAGCUCUCCUUUUCCCAUUUUCUCGAAAAAAAAAAAACGUAUAGCAAAAGUGUGAGUGAAGUAAGGUUUCGGGGGCCAACGUUGAAUCAAAACGAAGAAAAGCUCCGACGAUGGAUGUCCUGCUCAGACAUCGCAGGGUGCCAUUCCCAAAAAGAUAUGCAGAAUUCGUCGCCCUGAUUGCGAUCUCGUGCACGCUGUUCCUGUUUCUGCACACCCAGAGCCUGACGUCACGUCUCCGCGAGAUGGAAGACAAACUGCAGCCCUCGUCGUUAAUGUCGAGCAGCGGUUUAAGUGGUAAUUCAAUUAGUCAAGCCGCCUUUGGAACGGGGGCCAAUCAGCAGCAGCACCAGCAUCUGCCGGCAUCGCAGCGCCAUCAAUCCGGAGAAAGUAAUCUGCACCACACGUACAACUACCUGAAGAGCACCGGACAGAUGCAAACGCUGAGCGCCCACGACCUGAACAACACCCGCCGCGCCCAGGUGCCCAUCAUCUUCUUCAACCGCGUGCCCAAGGUUGGCAGCCAGACGUUCAUGGAGCUGCUCCGCCGGUUGGCCAUCCGGAACGAUUACACCUUCCACCGGGACGUGGUCCAGCGGCUCGAGGUGAUCCGCCUUUCGCCAGACCGCCAGCAGGAACUGGCCGAAAUGGUUUCCGAUCUUCCCGUACCCUCCGUGUACGUCAAGCACGUCUGCUAUACGAACUUUACCCGCUUCGGGUUGCCCAUGCCGAUCUACGUCAACAUGGUGCGCGAUCCCGUCGAACGGAUCAUCAGCUGGUACUACUACGUCCGUGCGCCGUGGUACUUUGUCGAGCGGAAGCAAGCCUUUCCCGAUCUACCCCUGCCCGAUCCUCGCUGGCUGAAGAAGGACUUUGAGACUUGCGUGCUGCAGGGAGAUCCUGAAUGUACCUACGCCCAGGGAGCCAUCCACGAGGGAAUCGGCGACCAUCGCCGACAGACGCUGUUCUUCUGCGGUCACGACGAUCAGUGCUUACCCUUCAACAGCCCCGGAGCGCUGGAACGCGCCAAGUACGCCGUUGAAAGCCAGUACGCCGUAGUCGGAGUCCUGGAAGAUCUCAACACGACCCUCUCCGUUCUCGAGAAGUACGUGCCCAAGUUCUUCUCCGGAGCGCCCUCCGUCUACUUCAACGAGGUGAACCUGCUCCAGAAGAUCAACAAGAACAACUUCAAGCCGCCCGUCUCCGAGGAGAUCAAGGAGCUGGUCCGACGAAACUUUACCCGCGAGAUCGAGUUCUACCAGUUCUGCAAGCAGCGAUUGUACAAGCAGUACCUCGCGGCGCAACUUCCGCACCAUUGAGAGGCCAUUGCUACCUCGCAAGCAAGCUAAAGUUCCACAACUCACAGUUCAGCAACAAUAACUUUAAACAAGUGACUUCAUUUCAUCAAAAACUUCAGCGCGCGCAACUAAUACCAGAAUCCUCUUAUUUAUAUUACAAACUCAAAGCGCGAAACACUCCCACAACUUCCACCACCACACCUGUUCGAGUUUAAGUAAGUUAUCGAAGCUAGCGAAAUGAUUUUAAAACAAAACCUUAAAUGAAAGAAAAAAAAGUGAAACUUUGAAUGUGAUAGGCUAUUGUGAAGGCGAUCCCCGCACCACACGAAAUUUGUACAUUACGAUUGACCGCGCUGUUCCGAUUCGGACUCCUCUCAAAGGGAACAGAUGAUGCUACACUACACCAGAUUUUUGUUUGAGUUGGAAGGUGACAGCGAUCGCUUUUUCGUAUUUUUGUAAGAUGAUUGUAGAUUUUUAGCUCUUUUAUAGUUGUAGAAUGUAGAAAGUAUUAAUAAAUGUUAACUUAUAAUGCAUCUUGAUUACAUAAA